UGAGAGGGGUGUGAUACUGCUUACUUGCGAGGGUGAAAUUUUGGUGAGUGCAUCAUACUGGUACAGAACUAGGGAACUCAUUGGUAGUAGAGCAAUCACAUGAAGGUCACCGAACAAGUUACGGCCUGGAGGAGCAAUAUUGACGUCGUACCGAGCCGCACGCCACUUAUGCACCCAUUCGAUUCGCAUCGACGUAUGCUGUCGAUCUUAAAUGAUAGGCCCUAUAUUCCCCGCGAAGCCCCGCACGACGCGCCUCCGCUCGAUGCUAGUGAGUGGGACAGGCGGUUCUUGCUGACGCUCCUCGACAAACAACGCUACGACAACAGGAAGGCGGAGGAGGAGCGGGAACUGUUCUGGUGCAUUGUCACCCACAACCCGCUCGCUGAGCCCAAUGACUGGGAGGACUUCGUGCACAGCAAGAAGGACGACAUGACCCAGCAUCAUCGCGGCAGUCGCGAUGAACCAUCCAACACCAUAUACAACAACACAGCAUCAGUCAGCCCAUCGGGGUGGACGACAAUGAUGCCAAACCACUUGUACCCUCCGCCGCCACCUCACCACCAGCACGAGGAAUACCCAACAACCCAUCCAACGCAGCCUCCAUCUCUUGCCUUGGAUGCUGGAUAUCCGGUUCGGUCCUCAAGCUGAUAGGCUUGUUCGUUCAGGCUGCGUAAUACCUAUCUACAGAGGAAGGUUUGGGAAAGCGCGCGGCGAGGCAGAAGAUCUUCCUAGGACCACGAGCAAGAUACUCGA